ACUAAAAAGUGAGCGAGACACACAGUCAGAGACACUCGGCUCUCUGCUGCACAUUCAAAAUAGAGUCAGAGGGAGGGGAGAGAGAGGGAGGGAGGGAGGGAGAGAGAGAGAGAGAGAGAGAGAGAGAGAGUCAGGGACACGCAGCGCUGCGAGGGAGAGCACAAAGAGAAGGAAAGUGGAGCAGGGGAGGGGAACAGGAGGCAGAGGGAGAAGGGAAAGACAAAAGAAGGAGAGGGGAGAGGACACGGCGCCGAUCGGAGGGGACCGAGCAAAUGGCCACGGAGGAGACGGCGGGGGGAGCCAGGAGAGCCACCAAGAGCAAACUGUUUGAGUUCCUGGUCCAUGGAGUGCGUCCUGGCAUGCCGUCUGGAGCGAGGAUGCCCCACCAGGGAGCUCCCAUGGGCCCCCCCGGCCCACCGUACGGAGGGAGCCCGGCGGUGCGGCCCGGCCUGCCCUCCACCGUGAUGGAGCCCAGCCGCAAGAGGCCCGCCCCCUCCCAGCAGGUCCAGCAGCAGCAGCAGGCCGUCCAGGGCCGGGCCAGGAAUGCGAAGAGAAGGAAAAUGGCAGACAAGAUUCUUCCGCAAAGGAUCCGCGAGCUGGUCCCGGAGUCUCAGGCCUACAUGGACCUGCUGGCGUUCGAGCGCAAACUGGACCAGACCAUCAUGCGCAAGCGCGUGGACAUCCAGGAGGCGCUGAAGAGGCCGAUGAAGCAGAAGCGUAAACUGAGGCUUUACAUAUCCAACACCUUCAACCCGGCCAGGCCCGACGCCGACGACUCCGACGGCAGCAUUGCAUCGUGGGAACUGCGAGUGGAGGGGAAGUUGCUAGAUGAUCCGGGGAAGCAGAAGAAGAAGUUCUCUUCGUUUUUUAAGAGCCUGGUGAUCGAGCUGGACAAAGACCUCUACGGGCCUGACAACCACCUGGUGGAGUGGCACCGCACGCCCACCACGCAGGAGACGGACGGCUUCCAGGUGAAGAGGCCCGGCGACGUGAGCGUGCGCUGCACCCUGCUGCUGAUGCUGGACUACCAGCCUCCCCAGUUCAAGCUGGACCCUCGGCUGGCUCGCCUGCUCGGCAUUCACACCCAGACCCGGUCCUGCAUCAUCCAGGCCCUCUGGCAGUACGUCAAGACCAACAAGCUGCAGGACUCCCACGACAAGGAGUACAUCAACUGUGACAAGUACUUCCAACAGAUCUUUGACGGCCCUCGGCUGAAGUUCUCUGAGAUCCCCCAGCGCCUCACCAACCUCCUCCUGCCCCCCGACCCCAUCGUCAUCAACCACGUCAUCAGCGUGGAUCCAAACGACCAGAAGAAGACGGCCUGCUACGACAUCGACGUGGAGGUGGAGGAUCCCCUGAAGGGCCAGAUGAGCAGCUUCCUCCUCUCCACCGCCAACCAGCAGGAGAUCGCCUCCCUGGACAACAAGAUCCACGAGACCAUCGAGUCCAUCAACCAGCUGAAGAUCCAGAGGGACUUCAUGCUCAGUUUCUCCAGAGAUCCCAAGGGCUACAUCCAGGACUGGCUCAUCCAGAGCCGAGAUCUUAAGCUAAUGACGGACGUGGUGGGGAACCCCGAAGAGGAGCGGCGGGCGGCGUUCUACCACGCCUGGUCCCAGGAGGCCGUCAGCCGCUACUUCUACUGCAAGAUCCAGCAGAGGAGGCAGGAGCUGGAGCAGGCCUUGGCGGUCCGCAACACCUAAGGCGAGGAGGAGGCCGUCGUUCACCGCACGCGUUCGGGUCGAGUCCCUCGGAACCGCCGGCCCGAUUAACGAAACCCCCCCCCCCCCCCCCCCCCCCCCCUCCUCUCGCCACGCUCCGCUUGUUCUUCUUUUUUUAAAUUUUUUUGUAAAUAUAUCACACAAAACUCCAGAACCGGCUGCUCGGACGCGGCAGCUUUUUUUUUUUUUUUUUUAGGGAGGGGGCGGGGUUUCUCACUUCAUGUUUUCCUGCCUGAAAUGGAUUCAUUGUUUGAUUGUGCGAGCGACUGUGUCUUUUUUUUUUUGUUCUCGUUAGGAGAGUGUGUGUUUUUUUUUUUGAUCGACGGUUCGACGCACGAAUCAAUGCGAUCACUAACCCGCGGAGUUGUCGCUUCCAUUCAUGUUUCGGGUCAGAGGAAUCCGUCCGAACCUCCGAUUGUGUCUCAUUUUUGCGUUAUUUGCCGGCACCCAGUGUUACACAAAUGAACCCAAGUGUUACCACUAGAAUAGUGUUCAAGUAUUCAUCAUGGCAUAAACAAUAAUAGCUUUUUCUUACCUUGAUAUGCCCACGUACGCGUUGGGGCCGCUGUCUUUUGUCUCACUGCCUCGUCCCCGUGGUGUUUGUGCGCUGAAGGUUUUACCAAAGGUUGCAACGAGAAGAAGAGAAGCACGAUGGCCGAAAAAAAGAGAAAUCCGCUCCUGGGGUUUUCCACUGAUUUGCAAAAACAUUUCCUUGUGAGGUGGUCGUAAAAAAAAAAAAAAUCAAAAAAAAAAUCAAACAAUCUGGGUCGUUUCGGAGGGGAUUCAGUCCCAAAGGUUUGCCUUUUAUAGCCAAUUAGGCCUCAGGUUUUUGUAAACAAACUGUAAAAUGUUCUUGCAAUGAACACUGAACCCCAGGUCUGCAGGAUUUGGUCCAUUUCUACACUUUUAUGUUCAAUGAAGAAUCAUUUUAGAGAUGUGAAUGUACAUAUGUGUUUUUUUUCCUUCCCUUAAAAGGGCCAACUGUAUAGUACACGACAGACUAUUAGUGUUUUUUAGUAAGUUACGUGGUGCAUUAUGGGAGCUCGUGAGUUUAAAUGAGUUUGCAGGAAUGUUAGUGUUCCUCCGAGUGCUAUCUCGGGUCGGGGGGGAUUUAUUUUAGGUCCACAUCCCGUCACCGCCGUGGGAGCCACGAAGACCUCCCUCGCUUUGAUUCUCAGUAGCUGAAACUCUCUGCUCUCCCUUCACACCUUGUUUUUUUGUAAUGACACUUGACUUUUAUGUAUGCGUCGUCAUAUCGGAGGGAAGACUUUUUUCUUUUUUUUAGGGGGGGGGGGGGGGGGGGUGUCGUCUUCUUCUCCGCAGUCACUUUUCUAGCUGGAACCCUUUGGUGGGGUUUCGUUGCACUGUGCUUGUAAAUCGGAUCCCGGGCAGACGCAAAACCAGUGGUGAUGACGACGUCACGAUGACCUAUGCAUGCUCCAUGGACAUUAAUCAAUACAUCUGAUGCGAUUGUGUGUGUGUGUGUGUGUGUGUGUAAAUAUAAAAAGCUGGCAUAGCAGUCUGUGUGACGAGAAGAAGAACUUUAGUUGAAAUGCCUUCGGGAAACUUUUUUGCCAAAAAUGAUGAGCCCUACCAGCAACUUCACUGUAGGUGUGACUUUUCUUUUUCUGAGCUGUGUUUUUUUUCUUACUAGGACUAAGUAAUAACUGCACUCGUUAGGGGGACAAAGCGUAGCCGUCUGUCUUUGUGUGUGGGGGGGGGGGGGCAUUAUGUCGUUGUCGUAGAGUCACUGAUUCACUUGCACCCUCUUCUGGAGGAAACUCAAAGCUGCGACUCCUGGGGGCGCCUCCUCAGCGUCGGGCGCCACGGCGUGACAACAAAGUGUCAACGCGUCUCCGGUCACUAAGCCAGAGACACGCUGUGGACAUGUCUCGUCCCUGCAUGUGUGCGUGCGUGUGUGUGUGUGAAGACGCUCCAUCUCUCUGGUCACGCUGUUGUCCGAAGCGUCACCUACAGGAAGGUGAUAGUAUACGUAACACUGUUUAUCUGUUCACAGCAGACUCGUUUGGUGAUUCUAAUAAAAAAAAGGAGGAAAAAAAAAAAAAA